AUGGAAGGUUUAAGGGUACACUCGGAAAGAACAAGCUGCCACGUCCAGAGGAGAGCUCUCCACGGUGGGCAUUUAAUUUUUGCUGGAAGAAAAGCAAAGCACAUGGUGAUUGAUGAAGAAAAAGAAGAAGCAUCCAGCAAAGACGUGAACAUCCAGAGUGGGCAGCAGCUUUUGAGUGCAACAACUGGUUCAGUUUGGAGAAGUGGAAAGAUGAGAGAAGCUCACGGGAUUCCAUUUAGUGUUUAUUCUGCCAAUACCUCUAAUUAUGAAUCUCCUUCUGCAUGGUACUUUAAUUAUUCUGCUGAUUUUUGUAAUGAGAACAAUAUUGCGCAUCCUCUGGUGAGGGGCGUACAUGAUGAUGUUGCCCAGUCUAUAUCAGAUUUUGAAAGCAAGUUGGACGAUAAGAUUGACUCUCUUGAGAAGUUGGUGACACAAUUGACUACCAACAGGAGAUCUACAUCUCCAUCUGCGUCUGUUGCACGACUAUGUGCUAUUUGUCUUUCCAAUAACCACUAUACAGAUGCAUGUCCUUCUUUGCAGCACCCUGUUGCCUCUGAUGCGCCUCAAGCUUAUUCUACGAACAUCUACAACAGGCUACAAAAACAGCAACAACAGCAUAUGCAAUUUUAUGAUGCUCCCUUUCAAAUAACUCCUCAACCUUCAACUUCUGAACCUACAUUGAAGGAGUUAUUAGAGCAGAUGACCAUGCAGAAUCUCAAGUUCAAGCAAGAGAGCAUGAAGAUCCAGCAGGAAACUCAAGCUGCCAUGCAGAAUCUGAGUAAUCAGAUCAGGCAGAUGGUCACUCUUGCACCUGAGGAGAAUGCUGAAGUUUUUGAGGACCAGGCAAGAAUAAGCAGUACUAUGGAGCCAGGUUACAAAAGUAAAUGAGAAUACAGGUAUUACUCCGGUGUCUCAGACUCAACAACUGCUGGUGGACAGAAGGCUCCUCAUUUUAUUGAUACAACAACUUGCUCGGAGAAGAAGCAAGAAAACUCUUGAUUUGAGUAAGAGGGCAGUACUGGGCGAGCUGCUCCUGAAGACAUCUUCGCCGGAUCCUGAGGUGGAAGAUAUAUCACUGAUGGCCCAGAAUUGGCAAC